AUGGAGGAGUCAAGCAAGCCUCUCCGAUAUGUUGAUAUCGGUAUCAACCUGAGCGACCCCGUGUUCCGUGGUCAUUAUCAUGGCAAGCAAGCCCAUGAUGAUGAUUUGGAUGAUGUCAUUCAGCGUGCAAAGGAUGUCGGCUGUGCCAAGUUCAUGGUGACCGGCUCAGAUCUGAUCGAAUCUGAAGCAGCAGUGCAAAUAGCCAGGGACUACCCUGGCUUUUGCUAUGCAACCGUUGGUGUACACCCUUGCCAGGCAAAGCACUUCGACAAGUACCCAGGUGGCCCAUCAAAGAUGAUCGAUGAUCUCCGCAAACUAGCACUCGAGUCCAAGGAAGCAGGUUUCACUGUCGCCUUUGGUGAGAUUGGCCUCGACUAUGACCGAUUGUUCCUCAGCCAGAAGGAACCUCAGCUCAAGUACUUCGAGGCCCAAUUAGACCUCGCCAUCGAGAUUGGACUGCCAUUGUUCCUCCACUCCCGAGCUGCUAGCGAAGACUUUGAGAGGUUGCUGUCAUCAAGACUCGAUAGACUUCCAAAGCGCGGUCUGGUGCACAGUUUCACUGGAACAAUGGAGGAGAUGCAGCGGCUCGUGGCGCUCGGUCUGGACAUCGGCAUCAACGGCUGCAGCAUGAAGACGGAAGAGAACCUAGAAGUUGUGAAGGCUAUUCCAUUAGAAAGGUUACAGAUCGAGACCGAUGGACCUUGGUGUGAGAUCCGCCCCUCGCAUGCAUCGGCCAAGCACUUGGGUGGUGCUCCGGAUCUUCCCAAAUCUGUGAAGAAGGAGAAGUGGCAGAAGGGCUUCAUGGUCAAGGGACGUAAUGAGCCCGUGGCUAUUGCCCGCGUGGCGCACGUCAUCGCGUCAGUCAAGGAAAUCUCCGUGGAGGAAGUGUGUGAAGCGGCUUGGAACAAUUCUAUCAGGAUGUUCGGACUCGGAGAGAAAUGCCAGUAG